AUGAUUUUUAAAACAUUGGAUGCUGGUAUUGAAUUCUACACUCGUUAUGAUGCGAAAGUCGGGUUUGACACGAGGUCUAGUUCCGUCGUUACAGCACGUGACGGGACAAAAACUCAAAAGCUAAUCCUUUGCAACAGAGAAGGAUUUAAGAAUACAGGAUCUCAACAUUGUCAGUCGCAGUCAAGUGCAGAUGCAGGGGAAGGUCCUUCCCGUCCAAAGCGGCGAAGGGUUUCAAACAGAACUGGUUGCAGAGCUAGGAUUAUGUUUAAGUACAUUGGAGCAGCUGGGUACCAAGUUACCACUUUUAUUGAAAAACAUAAUCACAACAUGUCUUCGGUUCUGGCAAGGCAGUUUCUAAAGGGAAAUAGAAACAUCUCCAGUGUUCACCAGAAGUUUAUACUUGACUGCGCUAAAGCAAAUAUCGGAGCAUCAAAAUCUCAUGGUUUAUACAGUCAUAUUGUGGGGGAUUACUCUGAAGUUGGAGCAACUGUAGUGGACUUUAAAAAUGUCAGAAGGGAUCUCAGAGCAUACAUAUUGGGAGCUGAUGCACAAAUACUGGUGCACAAUCUUAUUAAGAAACAAGAGAUGUGCCCUGCAUUUGCUUUUGACUACGAGGUUGAUGAAGAUGAGCAGAUGAGCAGACUGCUUUGGGCAGAUCCAAUGUCAAAAAAGAAUUUUGCUGCAUUUGGAGAUGUUGUCUCUUUUGAUGCCACAUACUCAACAAAUAGGUACGAUCUGGCAAUGGGUAUGGAACCAAGAAUAAUUGUCACCGAUCAAGAUCCAGCUAUGAAAGUGGCGAUUCCAACAGUUUUCAAGCAAGCCAGGCAUCGUUAUUGCAUGUGGCACAUCAUGUGUAAAGUUGGGGAAAAGGUGGGUCCUACGCUGAAUAAGGAUGAGGAAUUCAGGAACAAACUGAACUCAAUCGUUUGGACGUCAUCUUUGGAACCUCCUGAUUUUGAGAAGCAGUGGAGAGAGCUGAUGGAAAAGUACAACUUAGUCGAACACAACUGGUUUAAAACUAUGUUUGAGGCUAGAAAGCAUUGGAUCCCAGCGUAUUUUAGAGAUGUCUUUAUGGGAGGACUACUCAGGACAACUUCUCGUUCCGAAAGUGAGAACUACACGUACAGCCGUUUUACUGGUCCCCAAUCAAGCCUAGUUGAAUUCAUGAUGAACUUUGACAGUGCUCUUAGAUCACAACGUAACACAAACGCAAAGCUCAACAGUGACAACGAAGGCUACAAUCCGGAUAUGAAGACGCCUCUGGGAAUUGAAAAGCACGCUUCAAUCGUCUACACCAUUACUGUUUUCUAUCAAAGAAAGGACGGUGGAAUGUUGCACUAUGAUAUUAUGGAUGGAAAGAACAAAAGAUUUACUGUGGUGCACAAUGUAAAUGACCAUGAGGCCAAAUGCAGUUGCAAGAUGUUUGAGAUGGUUGGACUGUUGUGUCGACACAUAUUUGUGGUCUUUAGAGACCUUGAAAGGAUCCCUCUGAAGUACGUGGUUAAUCGGUGGACUAAGGAUGCAUCUUUAAAAUCUACGUUUGAAAUAGAUGGUGUGAUUUACGAUCAGAAUGGACCAAAGGAUGAAAAGAAGAUGUUGCUGAACAAAGUGUGGUCUGAUAUACACUGUUGUAUGGAUCUGGCAGGAUCAAACAUGGAGCAAUUGACUGCAUUUUCCCAAGUGAUUGAUGAACAGAAACAGCUGCUACUGUCAGGAAAGGAGAAAUUGUCCCCUCAGCACAGCAGGAGGACUGUUAUAGAAUCAUAUUGUGGAUCAACAGAAAUUUCAGAGAUCAACAUACUUCCACCGAAACAUGCAAAGAACAAGGGCAGCGGCAAACGUAUCAAAAGCAGCAAGGAGUUGGCAAUGGAAAAACAAGAGGGCAGGAAGUGCAAUUUUUGUGGUGUUAGAGGAGAUCACCAUGACACCAGGACUUGCCCACUUAACCCUAAAAAUAAGGACAAGCAAAAGGGUAAGAAAAAGGCACAGCAGACUAUUUUUUCAAUGCCUUUAAAGUCGAGAACGAAAAUGGAUAGCAAAUAUGAAACACAACUACUUAGUUAA